AUGGAGGGGUCAGAUACAUACCUCAUACGACCUAAUCAUCAACACAAGUUUAAACCAGCCAUUGUAAAGGAGUGCAUUCGUGAAAUAGUGAGGGAGCGACUGUCUGGACUGAAGUACGACACAGAGGAAGUCUCGGGGCUGUCCCGUUCACUGGCAGAGUGCAUUAAGGACAAAGUGAAGAAUGCAGGAUUUGACCGAUAUAAGCUGGUCGUGCAGGUGGUCAUUGGAGAACAACGGGGGCAGGGAGUCAAGAUGUCUUCCAGGUGUUUGUGGGAUGCUGACACAGACAAUUAUGCAGAAGAUGUCUUCAUGAACGACAGCUUGUUCUGUGCAGUGGCAGUUUUUGGAAGCUAUUACUACUGA